CCACCCAAACCCAAAACGCAAAAAGAACAAAGCCCCCCAGCCCGCAGCCUCCCCCCGCCGCCCGCUGACGCCGCCGGUCCCGCAGGACGGCCGGGGCUGGCGCUGUGCGCGGGCUGCGGGGGCCGCAUCCAGGACCCCUUCCUGCUGCGGGUGUCGCCGGACCUGGAGUGGCACGUCGCCUGCCUCAAGUGCGCCGAGUGCGGGCAGCCGCUGGACGAGACCUGCACGUGCUUCCUGCGCGACGGCAAGGCCUACUGCAAGCGGGACUACAGCAGGCUCUUCGGCAUCAAGUGCGCGCAGUGCCGGGCGGCCUUCAGCAGCAGCGACCUGGUGAUGCGCGCCCGCGACCACGUCUACCACCUGGAGUGCUUCCGCUGCGCCGCCUGCGGCCGCCAGCUGCUGCCCGGGGACCAGUUCUGCCUGCGGGAGCGCGACCUGCUCUGCCGCGCCGACCACGCGCCGCCCCCCGACGGCGCCGCCGCCCGAGGGCCCCGCAGCCCCGCGCCGCCGCCCGCGCACCUCGCAGAGCCGGUGCCCGGGCGGCCUCCCGGCCCGCGGCCGCAGUCGCACAAAGCGGCCGAGAAGACCACCCGCGUGCGGACGGUGCUGAACGAGAAGCAGCUGCACACGCUGCGGACCUGCUACGCCGCCAACCCGCGGCCCGACGCCCUGAUGAAGGAGCAGCUGGUGGAGAUGACGGGGCUCAGCCCGCGCGUCAUCCGCGUCUGGUUCCAGAACAAGCGCUGCAAGGACAAGAAGAAGUCCAUCCUCAUGAAGCAGCUCCAGCAGCAGCAGCACAGCGACAAGACGAGCCUGCAGGGCCUCACCGGGACGCCGCUGGUGGCCGGCAGCCCCGUCCGGCACGAGAGCGCCGUGCAGGGCAGCGCGGUGGAGGUGCAGACCUACCAGCCGCCCUGGAAGGCGCUCAGCGACUUCGCGCUGCAAAGCGACCUGGAGCCGCCCGCCGCCUUCCAGCAGCUGGUCUCCUUCUCCGAGUCCGGCUCUUUGGGCACGUCCUCCGGCAGCGACGUGACCUCGCUGUCCUCCCAGCUCCCCGACACCCCCAACAGCAUGGUGCCCAGCCCGGCCGAGACGUGAGGCCGCCCGGCCCCCGCCGCCGCGGGACCUCCGCAUGCCGCGCUCCCUGCAUGAGACACCCGGCCCCGCGCCGCGCCCAGCGCGCCGGACGA